UUUUGGUUCACUCCUGCCAUCUCCACUCUUGGAAAGGGGGAGCCAAUAUCAACCACCACCACCAGCCCGCGCUUCACACACACACACAUAGAUGACAGACGCCGCUACCAAUCAACCUGGCCCGAGCGAGGCCGUUGCACAAUGCAGACCACCUCCUGCUGCUGCUGCUGCUGCGGACGCCGAGUUGAGUUCCGUUCUGGAUCAACUGGCCAUCCAUGUGUACGAAGGAGACGCCGUCAAUGUCGCCGACAAGCUCCGGAUCUUGGCCAAGCUCGCACAAGACGCCGGUCUUACACCAUCUAGCAGUGGUCGCGGGUGGCAGCGACGACCAGGGACGCUGCGGUGGAAGUCGCGGUCGCCCGAGCCAAAACCGGAUUUCACGUCAUCGCUCGGCUCAGAAACGCAGGUGGUGGAUGCAUUACCAGCACCAGCACCACCAGCACCACCAGCACCACCGAAAUCGAUCGAGUCUGUAGCCGUGCCGCUGUUGCCCCGCGAAAUUGCAAGCAAGCUCGACCAAGCGACGCUGGACGUGCCAAACAGCCAAACUGCCGCAGGAACGGCGUUGGCAGCGCUCAUGCGCGUGAACGUGCCGUAUUCGCUGCUCGCUCUGGCACUGGCGCGUCGCUCAAACGAAGCUGCCGCAACCCAGAUCGCCGAAAUGCUCAUCCAUGCCGGUGCAGAUGUGCGCUCGACGGCCUUUCCAACGGGCGUUGCCGAAGAGCCGACCGAUUCCCAAAGCCUUGUGCAACUGUUGCGCGCAUCUCCUUCAGCAGCGGCAGAGCUGGGUUAUGGCACUCCGUUGCAUCUGGCCUGCAUUGCCGGCGAUGCCCACAUCAUCCGGCUACUUGUCCAGCGAGGUGCCGCGGGCGAGCAGUGUCUCUUGCUCACAACGAAGGCGAGCCAGCCGCAAUUUGUGCUGCCGUUGCUGAUGGAGCUCGGGUUUUCAGUCCCGCACCAGCAGCUCUCUGACACGCUCAAGAGUUGGAUGCGAGACGGGCAAGUUAGCGGCGUGGAAGCGCUACUCAGACGCACCGCGCUCAAUCGCGGCCAAUGGCAACGCGCGCUGUUGGACCUCAUCACGUCGGUCAAGUCGGAGGACGCGUUUCGGAUCGCCAACCUCAUCAUUGAGCGUGCAGGCCCUAGCGUACUGAACGAGCCGAUCGGUGGCUCCAAUUUACCGCUGGACGCAUGCGCACAGAGCGGCAACGAGCACGUGGCACUGGCGCUGCUCCAAGCCGGAGCAGGGGUGAACAACACGACCAGCGCAUUGCCUCCCUUGAUUGCUGCCAUCCGCUUUGGCCACGAGAGCACCGUGCGCGUGCUGCUCGCUGCCCGCGCCUUUCUUGGUCCACGCAUCAACGGCAGUGCGCUCCAGACUGCCUGCUUUUUCGCGCGACCGAGCAUUGUCCGGCUGCUGAUCAAUUUUGGCGCAGACGUCAACGAGCGCGACGACUGUGGGCUUUCCCUUCUGCACUACUGCAUGGCUACAGGGAGCCGCGGCACAGCUGCCGACAAGGCCUCGAUGCUCGCGUCUCUGCUGAAAUGCGGCGUCAACCCGGACUGGACCUCGCAUCCCAAGCGAGCCGAUUCCCUCGCCGCCGCUGAUGCUGACGCGGCCUCCAGCACCACAAGAGGCAGCAGCAGCAGUUCCAAGCUCCUUCGCCGUGCAUCUCGUCUGACUCGUGUUUGACCACAUCAUGGUUGUCGAUGUAUAUAUAUUGUAUAGUAAAAGCGUUUGCCCA